GGUACUAGGGUCAGGGACAGGAUGUCUAGAGUGAAUAAAGGUCAGUUUAGGCUUUGGGAAGGUUAAUUUUUGUGCAUUUUCUACACUUUCUGCAAUUAUGACAACAGAUUCCACCCCAUCUUGUCAAUAACUGACGCGAGGAGGGUACCCGACACGUCAAAAUCAGACGCAGAGGAAACCUUGGAAAAGUUUCAAUAUGUGACGACUUGGGCGUGAGAAUGCGUUGCAGUUUGCUGUGUUUCUACAACUUUAAAGACAGUAGAGAGAAGAAGAGCCCUGCCAUGCCCGGUUCGCCUGUGGAUGCUAAGACUCAUUCCAGAUCAGCCCCCAGCAGCAGCUCCAGCUCCACUAUGCCACCCCUGCCCUCUGUCAACCCCAGUGGCCCUCGACCAGCCUCCUUUUCCACAACAGCAUUGUCCAAUGGGAAUCAUCAUUCCCCACCAACCCUGAAUGCAGUGCCAUCUCCACCACAGCGUUACAGCAACGGACCAUCCUCCUCCUCGUCCUCGUCACUAGCUAAUCAACAGCUGCCGGCCACCUGUGGGGCUCGCCAGCUGAGCAAGCUGAAACGUUUCCUGACCACGCUGCAGCAGUUUGGCAACGACAUCUCUCCGGAGAUUGGAGACAGCGUCAGAAGCCUAGUUCUGGCCCUUGUGAAUUCAACAGUUACCAUUGAGGAGUUUCACACACGUCUUCAGGAGGCCACCAACUUUCCCCUACGACCCUUUGUUAUUCCUUUUCUCAAG